AUGCCAUGUGGCUUGCUGAAGUUUCCAGCCCAGAGGAGACUAGUCCCGAGCAAGCUGAACCAAGUCCCGCUAAUCCUGCCAUCCCAUUGGGUCUACAGUCCAAGUCAGGACAAGCCAAGCUCAAGCGCUUCCCUAUUCCGUCUAACUGCACAUAACAUCCUCCGCCGUGUUCGUGUCAAGCUGGUGCUGCCACUCUCCAUUGUCUCCGAUACGCUACAUUUCGCCAUGCUUCUGCAUCAGUUUCUAGCAGAUGAUGGAUCAGUGCUGUAUCACGCUCUAAGUGGUAUUCCUAACUUUUGUGUUUUACACACCAUGAAAAUGCAACCAAAACAAAAGGCGAGCCCACCAAAAGAACCGCCUUGGGGUUACCGCAAAGCCCUCGUAAACUCACGCAUGAUCUGCUCUACCUCUGGAUUGAACUUCAGCAGGAGACCAGAGCAACGGGUACGUGGCAAAGCGAACCAUCUCGAUGCGUGGCGCUUCAGACCUCGGACUAGGAGUCCAGCUCCCUCACCCGUCCGCCUCUGGUCUGGAACGGAGCCCCCGCCAGCUCGUCUGGAUCCGGCCUGGUCCGGACGCUGCAGAUCAGAAAUGUCUCUGACGCUGCCGCUGGUGCUUGCCAACAAGCCCGAUAUGUUGACAAGCCCAAACUCUGUUUUCUCUAUCUUUCCCAUUCUUCGAGAGGCCCCUCCCCCGUUCUUGUCUUUGUUUGAACUUUCCUUUUCCCUUCGUCCUUCGUCCUCGAAUGAAGUGAUAGGUCGAGUAUCACCAGGAACCUGGUCCGCGGAUAGAUCAGGAUCGCCAUACCGCUGGCGGGAAGAUAACACGGAUCGCGGAUCACCGCACAGAAUGGCAUUCUCUAGCCCCUUGUUGACGGUUUUGGCCCUGGCCUUGCUCCCGGCAUCAACUUUGGCGCAGAAUGAUCCGGUCAACGACUUUUGCCGUCGCUUUGGGCACCAGACCGCUGUCGUCGAUAACAAGCUCUUUAUCGAUGGCGGUCUUGUGAAUUGGAAUCCACUUUCAUCUUUUCCAGCCAACUACUCAAAUACAUGGCUUCUAUACCAAGAUCUGUCUUCAUCUACGGCUUCGGGGAUGCCCCCCCUUUACGCCAAUCUCUCCAAGAAUGGAUCAAUUCCUAACGUCGCCGGCGGUGCCCUUUGGUCUGACAAUGUCAACAAGCGACUCUAUCUGUUUGGCGGGGAACGCAAUGCAGGGGAAUCGCCCAUGCCCUUCAACCUAUACGGCUAUGAUAUCCUGAAUAAUCAAUGGGAUUCUUUCGGCCCAUCUCGUACGGGGGCUUCGAUAUCAAAGGUUAGCUACGGCGCGGGAGUCUCUGUCGAUACGCGCGGCGAAGCAUAUUACUAUGGUGGAUGGUUGAGCAACGCCUCCGUUCCUGGAUGGGGCACUGGUCCGCCAGUCGCAACGACUGGCUUGGUGAGAUACACCAUGGAUACCAAUAGCUUUGCCAACAACACUGGUCCUGACAAUGUACGACGCGCCGAGGGCAGCCUGCAUUACAUCCCCGCUGGAGACGGCGGAAUGCUCAUCUACUUUGGGGGCAUACAGGAUCUGGCUGGCAAUGGAAGUUCUACCAUUGGCCAGCCCAUGGACCAGAUAUUCAUAUACGACGUGCUCAGCAGCAAGUGGUACACGCAGAAAGCCUCAGGUGAUGUUCCUGGAAUGCGACGACGAUUCUGCGCGGGCGUAACUUGGGCAGGAGACCAGUCGUCCUACAAUAUCUACAUGUACGGUGGCGCCAAUGUUCCAGGAGUGCUGGGCGCGGGAUUCGACGAUCUCUACAUCCUCUCGAUCCCAACCUUUACCUGGAUCAAGAUGUACCCCAUCGGCCGCAACGGCACAGGAGACUACCCUCACCAUUCAAUGUCCUGCAACAUCGUACCUGGCCGUGCGCAAAUGAUCAUCUCGGGUGGCACGUUUCCGCUCUCCCAAGACUGCGAUUCACCCGGGCAGUGGGGAACCCACAACGCGGACCUCGGGAAACAGAAUGCCGGCAAGGUUGUCUGGGAGUUAUACAAGCCCAACAAGACAACAUACGCCGUACCGGACGAAGUCAUUGCCGUAGUAGGAGGCAACGGCAACGGCGGCGCUACAAAGACUGCACCGGCGGCUGGUUUCGACUACACCGACGUCAGCCUCCUCAUCACGCUCACGGCCAGUAUUCCGAGCCGUACGCCGACGAGAGAUGUCGGCAGUACCGGUACUCCUGCUCCCACAGGAGGCCUAUCUACAGGUGCCAUCAUUGGCAUCGCGAUAGGAGCUGCAGUUCUAGUCGGCGCCAUCGCCUUGGGAUGCUUCUUCCUGGUCCGUAAGCGUCGGUCAGACCGAUUCCACACCGGAGCAUCGCCGCCAGGACCAAGCCACGUAUAUCACGCCCAGAGCAUGUCAGAAGCGUGGUCACCACCCGCGUCAUCGCCUUACUCACCACCAUACGGACCUUCUCCAUUCACGCCUCCUCCCCUGUCCGCACAUCCGCAAUCACCGCAUCCAAUGUCCGCGCACACGAUGCCGCCGCACAUGGGCCCGCCGGUAGAGCUACCUUCCGAGCCGUCAUACACGACUACACCAGCGGCUCUCGCGGGCACGACGACGCUCACAAACAUAUCGUCCACGGCGUCGUACCCGCCGCAGCAGGCGUACUUCCCUGAGACGACGACGCUGCUAAAUCAGCCGCAGUACGACGCCCACGGCAACAUGUGGAUGCCGCAGGUGAGCAUGGUGCAGGUCGCCACCGGGGUGAGCCCGCCGUUGCCCGAGUACACGCCGGCGAGGGGCGACCAGAAGACACCGCAGCCGACGGCGGCCGAGGUACGGCACGAGCCGCCGCCGCAGGAGCCGCAGGAGCUCAGUGCGGACCCGGAUGACCGUGCGGAGAUGAGUACGAGGCAGGAACAUCAGACGUACUAUAACAGAUGA